AUGUAUGUCCUGACCUACAAACUCCCAUCUCCUCUCACCGCUCUUUGUGCACUCAAAUACGCCAACUCGUGCCCUGUGUCCCUAUCCCCAUCCUAUACACUGAUACUCUACCUGUGUCCCAACGCACUCCCUCGUGUACCUGAUCUCCUUAUUGAAUAUAUCAUCACCUCUCACCUAUCCCAUGCCAUUAACCUAGUGUCACGCUCCCCCCUGAUCCCUCGCCGCUUCAGCUUGUCCUCCGUGCUUGCUCUCUCUCCUAUCCAGACAGCAAACCUGCCGCCCUCGUCCGCUCAUAACAGUCAUCUGAAAAUAUGA